GUUACAGAGGUUGAAGUAGUGUCUACAUACACGGCAAGCCACGUGCCAAGAUGGGCUCUCAGCGAACAUCUUCGUUAUUUCUGUGGACUCGUGGCUGUUGGAACUAACACUGGAAAAGUCUAUCUUGUUGACAUGUGUACAGAUGAUAGUGAAUUUUUCUCAGAUGAAGAAGUUCCAAGCAAACUACAUUUUAUCUCUCCACGUAUCAGAGAUAUAGAGAACCAAAGGUUUCAUUGUAUGUCUCAAGGCCUACAUCUGGCUAUGACACUCAAUGAAAGUAUGAUAAAUAGAAAUGGAUUUGAGUACCAAAAGCCAGAUGGACUGGUUAUGAAAACAUUCCGUACAGACAGUGUCACAGUUUCUUGUCUCAAGUACAUUCCUCAGACUGGUCUACUGGUUGUAGGUUUUAGCUUUGGUUGCUACCAGCUGUGGAAACUAAACAUUCCAGUUUUAGAGUACAGUAGUAGGCUUGAGCCGGAACCCAUGCCAGUUACGCAUGUAACAUACCAGGAACCAGAAAAUGAUCCAAAAAAUUUCUGCUAUAUCUGGAUUGCCAGGGGACAGAAGGAAAAUGAAGAUCAGGGGUUGGAGUCUGUAAGCGGUAUAUCCAUGUAUCAGCUGGCCUUUAAUCACAAGACUUAUUACAGUAACUAUGGUGUAUACUAUGAAGAACUGACAUCUGUUUGUCUUCGGUUGGAUCAUGAACUCACCUCCAAACUUGUACAGUUUGGUACAAACUAUGACGGUGGAAGUCGUGUGGUCUCGUGCUACACGCUUAUGGAUCCACAUUAUCAAGCACCUGCUAAAUUGGAUGAAAAUGAAUCAUUUGAAGAGAGUAGCCCAGGUCCGGACCUAAGUCUGUGUGUAUUUGUAUGGGAGGCGACAGAAGGAAACCUCUCCUCUAAAGUUGGACGUCAUCUUGCUAUAUUUGACAUCAACAGAUGGUAUCAUGCUCAGAUGCCUUCAUCUAUCAGAUAUGCAAGUGGAUCUACAGACACAUGUGCAUACUUUUGUUCGUGUCGACUAGACGAGGCUGCUGAGAGAGCUGGCAAUGACAGCUUGCUGAUGGUACAUGUGAGUGCAGACAGACUGAGGAAAUUCAGCAACAACUCUCCUGUUCCACCAGAUCAAUACUUCUACCCUGCUUCUCUAGCUUUCAAUGUUUCUUUAAUAUUUGAGACUGGAAUAGUUGAAGCCCAGUUUCUUGGUUCCCAGCGUCAGGUAUUGGCAAGUAUGGAGACAAAGGGACCCAGCACUCUUAUACAACCACUAGACCUCUAUAACCUGUGUGUACAUGUGGGCUUGCUACCUAGACCUGUAGAUAUUGUAUCAAGCAAUCCAAAUAUGGUUGCUAAGAGAGAAUUACUGCUAGGUCUGGCACUCGAGUAUAACAUGAUCAGUUUCCUGAAGACUUGUGUCACAACCUGGGCAGCAGGAGAAUACGAGAAUCAAGGCUGUACAUUGAAGUUUCUGUUGGACUGGGCAUGGGAAAUGGUCUCCAGUACAAAACACAAGAUUGACUCAAUCUGUGUAACACUGUAUAACUACUCUGGGUUGAAUCUAGAUCAGCGUUCUCUGCAGACACUGGUGUUAUGUAAUCAACGACUUGCACACCUUGUGUCUCUCUUCAAGACAUUCCUUACACAGACAGGGCCUAUCACAGAGCAAGGAGAGGCAGAGUUACAGAGUAAGAUACUAGUGACCAGUCUGCUGUCACAACACCUCAGUGUAGUUCUCUGGUUUGUAGGAGCAGGUCUUCUACCUGAGGAUGAUGACACCGAGGUAACUCUUGGUGGACUUUACUGUUACCCGGCAACCAGUCUGAUGACAGCUUACAAAAACAGGAGAAUCGAGCUGCAGAAUAUACAUAGUGAAGUAGAUGAGACAAACAUGUUGAUGAUAGAUGGGCUGGUGGAGACAAUGGGUGUACAGGAUUUGUGGGAGAGAGAAGGAGGCACUGGGCUGUAUCCUCCACCAAGCUUACAUGCAUUGUUAUCAUCAUACCUGCUUGAGAACUGUGAUAUGCUGUCUAAACACUGCCUGGUUCUCUAUCUACUCCUAGACUUGGUGUCUGUUGACAGCUCUGAUGAAAAUGAAACAUUUUCAGAGAAAGUGAGUGGAUUUGCUCGUAGAUUCAACCUACCACAGACACUAGUGAAGUUAAUGCAGGCGUUCUGGUUGCUUGACCACAGAGAUUUUGAGGAAGCGUUAAGUUUGAUGUUGGACCCGAUGGUGAGGGCAGAGUUCAGCAGGUGGCAGCACAAGAGGAUUAUCAAGGCAUUGCUGUACCAAGGUGAUGCCAAGAUGGCCCUCAGAUAUAUCACCAGCAUACAGCCUGCCCUGACAACACCAGAGGAGGUGAAACUGAAACUAACAGUUCUGCUGGCUAAUGAGUUGACAGCAGAAGCAUUGGAGUAUCAGAGGAUGUGUCGAGACAAGAACAACAUGAAUGAUCUACUCUCUCAUCUCUUCCUCGGCUGCCAACAAACUAAGACAGUUGGCAGAUUGUUACAGUUACCAUUAACCAAUGAGGAGGAGACAACUCUUGUAGACUAUCUGCUGGAUAGCUCGGAACCUCACUCGCAGGAGUUACUGGUCAUGCAUUAUCUACAGAGGGCAAGAUUUGUAGAGGCGAUACAGCUGAAUGAGAAAUUGAAACAUUCGGUUUUGACUGAGGCAAGCUCGAAGGCUCGGGAGAGGGCUGCUGCUCGUAAUGCUAUAGUUGACAGUUACGCUGGUAUUCUUCCUCAUGUUCAACGAAGACUAAUGUUUGAGCAAAUACAUGUACCCAAGAAAAAUAUACAGUGGAGACGGGAAGUACGUCGACCAACACCACUGUCAACAAAGGUUACAAAGAACAAGGCUAAAGCGAUGUCACAGUCAGCAUUUAUUAUGGCAAUCAUGGAGAAACUGGACGAAAUAGAAACUGAACAACCACAGUAAGUGGGAUCAUUACCAG